CGACAGCAUCUGUGGCGGUGUUGACUGCGGCCUGCGGAACCUGGGCGGCGGGCGCCGGCCGGACAGCGGGCCGCGCUGGCGGCGGCAAUGGCGGCGCUGAUGGAGAUCCAGAUGGAUGAGGGCGGCGGCGUGGUGGUGUACCAGGACGACUACUGCUCGGGCUCGGUGAUGUCGGAGCGUGUGUCGGGCCUGGCGGGCUCCAUCUACCGCGAGUUCGAGCGCCUCAUCCACUGCUACGACGAGGAGGUGGUCAAGGAGCUGAUGCCGCUCGUGGUCAACGUGCUCGAGAACUUGGACUCGGUGCUCAGCGAGAACCAGGAGCACGAGGUGGAGCUGGAGCUGCUGCGCGAGGACAACGAGCAGCUGCUCACCCAGUACGAGCGCGAGAAGGCGCUGCGGAAGCAGGCGGAGGAGAAGUUCAUUGAGUUUGAAGACGCUUUGGAACAAGAGAAGAAGGAACUGCAAGUCCAAGUGGAGCAUUAUGAGAUCCAGACUCGCCAGUUGGAACUGAAGGCCAGGAACUAUGCUGAUCAGAUUUCCCGGCUGGAGGAGCGGGAGUCGGAGAUGAAGAAGGAGUACAACGCACUGCACCAGAGGCACACGGAGAUGAUCCAGACGUACGUGGAGCACAUUGAGAGGGCCAAACUGCAGCAGGUUGGCGCCAAUGGCCAGACGGAAGGCAGCCUGCCAGGGAGGAGUCCUCGCCAGUCGUGGAGGAAAAGCAGGAAGGAGCGUCCCACCUCACUGAAUGUCUUCCCCCUGGCCGAUGGCAUGGUACGUGCACAGAUGGGGGGCAAGCUCACGCCUGCGGCAGACCACUGGCGCCCGAGUGACCGCAGCCAGCUUCCGGCCAGUUCCAGCUACCAGUGUCCCCAUGAUGAGAUGUCGGAGUCUGGCCAGUCCUCAGCGGCCGCCACACCCAGCACCGCGGGUACCAAGUCCACCACGCCCACAUCCUCUGUGCCCUCAGCCACGGCCACACCCCUCAACGAAAGCCUGAGGCCCCUGGGGGAGGAAGGCAGUGGCGCCAAGAGCAGCAAGCGGGCGCGGGAGAAGCGCCGCAGCCGCAACAUGGAGGUGCAGGUCACACAGGAGAUGCGCAACGUCAGCAUUGGGAUGGGCAGCAGUGACGAGUGGUCCGAUGUCCAGGACAUCAUAGACUCCACCCCAGAGCUGGACGUGUGUCAGGAGCCGCGUCUGGACCGCACUGGCAACAGCCCCACCCAGGGCAUUGUGAACAAAGCUUUUGGCAUCAAUACCGACUCUCUGUACCAUGAACUGUCAACCGCCGGGUCAGAGGUCAUCGGGGACGUGGACGAGGGCGCCGACCUGCUAGGGGAGUUCUCAGUGCGUGAUGAUUUUUUUGGGAUGGGCAAGGAGGUGGGGAACUUGCUGCUGGAGAACUCACAGCUGCUGGAGACCAAGAAUGCUCUGAACGUGGUGAAGAACGACCUGAUCGCCAAGGUGGACCAGCUGUCCGGGGAGCAGGAGGUGCUGCGUGGGGAGCUGGAGGCGGCCAGGCAGGCCAAGGGCAAGCUGGAGGGCCGAGUGCGGGAGCUCGAGGAGGAGCUGCGCAGGGUGAAGUCUGAGGUCAUCACUGCGCGUCGGGAGCCCAAAGAAGAGGUGGAGGACGUGAGCAGCUGCCUCUGCACGGAGCUGGACAACAUCCCUAUGGCCCAGCGGCGCCGGUUCACUCGAGUGGAAAUGGCUCGAGUGCUGAUGGAGAGGAAUCAGUACAAGGAGCGGCUGAUGGAGCUCCAGGAGGCUGUGAGGUGGACUGAGAUGAUCAGAGCUUCCCGAGAACACCCAUCUGUCCAGGAGAAGAAGAAGUCCACCAUCUGGCAGUUCUUCAGCCGCCUCUUCAGCUCGUCAUCCAGCCCCCCGCCGGCCAAGCGCACCUACCCUUCGGUGAACAUCCACUACAAGUCUCCCACCACUGCAGGCUUCAGCCAGCGCCGCGGCCACUCAGCGUGUCAGAUCUCGGCCGGCAGCCGCCCGCUAGAGUUCUUCUCUGAUGACGACUGCACGUCAUCUGCACGCCGCGAGCAGAAGCGCGAGCAGUACCGCCAGGUGCGUGAGCAUGUGCGCAACGACGACGGGCGCCUGCAGGCGUGUGGCUGGAGCCUGCCCGCCAAGUACAAGCAGCUGAGCCCCAACGGGGGCCAGGAGGACACGCGCAUGAAGAAUGUGCCGGUGCCUGUGUACUGUCGCCCGCUGGUGGAGAAGGACCCCACCAUGAAGCUGUGGUGCGCCGCGGGCGUCAACGUGAGCGGGUGGAGGCCAAGCGAGGAGGACCCGGGGAACGGGAUCAAGCCGGUGCCUGGCCGAGACCCCCUGACUUGUGACCGUGAGGUGGACGGUGAGGGCUCCAACGGCCUUGCAUCUCCAGAGAAGAAGAAGGCAAAGGAGCUGCAUGAGAUGGACGCCACCUCCAGCAGAGUCUGGAUCCUCACCAGCACGCUGAGCACCAGCAAGGUGGUGAUCAUCGAUGCCAGCCAGCCAGGCACCGUGGUGGACCAGUUCAGCGUCUGCAACGCCCAUGUGCUGUGCAUCUCCAGCAUCCCCGCGGCCAGUGACAGCGACUAUCCACCUGGCGAGAUCUUCCUGGAUUGUGACGUGAACCCUGAGGAGCCUGGUGCCGAUGGGGUGCUGGCCGGGAUCACACUGGUGGGCUGUGCCACCCGCUGCAAUGUGCCCCGCAGCAACUGCUCCUCCCGAGGGGACACGCCAGUGCUGGACAAGGGGCAGGGGGAGGUGGCUGCCGUGGGCAAUGGCAAGGUCCAGCCUGCCCCAUCCACAGAGGAGGCCACAGAGGCCACGGAGGUACCAGAGCCAGGACCCAGCGAGCCUGAAGCAGCCACAGCACGGCCCGGGCCCCUCACAGAGCAUGUCUUCACCGACCCAGCACCCACACCGCCCCCCAGUACUCAGCCUGGCAGCGAGAAGGGGCCCGAAGCCGAGGCCAAUGGAGCCGAGCCAGAGCCCAGCGCAGACCCUGUUGGGGCCAGCAGCAGUGCGGCGCCCACCAUGUGGCUGGGAGCCCAAAACGGCUGGCUCUAUGUGCACUCGGCGGUGGCCAAUUGGAAGAAGUGUCUGCACUCCAUCAAGCUGAAGGACUCCGUGCUGAGCCUGGUCCACGUGAAAGGCCGAGUGCUGGUGGCCCUGGCUGAUGGGACCCUGGCCGUCUUCCACCGAGGCGAAGAUGGCCAGUGGGACCUGAGCAACUACCACCUGAUGGACCUGGGUCACCCACACCACUCCAUCCGCUGCAUGGCUGUGGUGGACGACCGCGUGUGGUGCGGCUACCGCAACAAGGUGCACGUCAUCCAGCCCAAAACCAUGCAGAUCGAGAAGUCGUUCGAUGCCCACCCGCGGAGGGAGAGCCAGGUGCGGCAGCUGGCGUGGAUUGGCGAUGGAGUGUGGGUCUCCAUCCGCCUGGACUCCACCCUGCGGCUGUACCAUGCCCACACCCACCAGCACCUGCAGGAUGUGGACAUCGAGCCCUAUGUCAGCAAGAUGCUGGGCACGGGCAAGCUGGGCUUCUCCUUCGUGCGCAUCACGGCCCUGCUGAUUGCCGGCAACCGCCUCUGGGUGGGCACAGGCAACGGAGUGGUCAUCUCCAUCCCACUGACGGAGACUGUAGUUCUGCACCGAGGCCAGCUCCUGGGGCUCCGAGCCAACAAGACAUCUCCCACAUCUGGAGAGGGUGCCCGCCCUGGGGGUGUCAUCCACGUAUACGGUGAUGACAGCAGCGACAAGUCAGCUAGCAGCUUCAUCCCAUACUGCUCGAUGGCCCAGGCCCAGCUUUGUUUCCAUGGUCACCGGGACGCUGUCAAGUUCUUUGUCUCAGUGCCAGGGAAUGUGUUGGCCACCCUCAACGGCAGCGUGCUUGACAGCCCGUCUGAGAGCCCAGGGGCCCCGGCCACCAGCACGGACACCGCUGAGAGCCAGAAGUUGAGGAAUGUGCUAGUGCUGAGUGGAGGGGAGGGCUAUAUCGACUUCCGCAUUGGUGAUGGUGAGGAUGACGAGACCGAGGACGGCAGUGGGGACGGGAGCCAGGUGAAGCCCAUACUGUCGAAAGCUGAGCGUAGCCACAUCAUCGUGUGGCAGGUCUCCUACAGCCCCGAGUGAGCUGCCACCUCCUGCCCUCUGCCUGCUACGCAGGCCCAGCCCCAGCCUCUCAACUGCAGCUUUCACCGCACCUCCGGGCCCUGGGCAGGCCAGCCUAUGAGGAGCGGCUGCACGGGUUCCCUUCCAGCAGCUCCUGGCCAGCGCCAGCCCACCCUCCUCAAGCCCCAGGGCCCCUCAGGGCUGGGGUUCCUCCGUGGGCCUGGCUGUGGGCAGUUCCUGCAGGGUCCUACUCCCCUCCCAGGUAUUCCCCAGAGCCCAUUUGCCUUUGGCCCUGGGGGAGGGGGGCCCUGUCCAGUGUCCUGCUGCAGGGGGUGUGCCUGCAGCCAGCAGCUAGCCUUCCCCAGGGCCCCCCUCCCUCGGGCCUCCAGGUAGAGCAGGCCCCUCCCCUGCUUGAGCACGUCCCCCAGCCCCCCUCCCAGCAGCAAGCCCCUAGGUUCCCAGGCCUCAGGAAGAAGGGCUCCCUCUGCAGCACUCAGGCCAGUCUCAGGCUGGGGGUCUGCCUGGCGGGGGGAGCUGAGCCGAGCUUGACAUGUGACUAAGUGCCUAGGGUUGGCCGGGCAGCCUGCCCUCCUUGAGGGCAGCAGAUGGGCUGCAGGGCAGGUGCCCAGGGCUCAGGUUGAGGCCACCCAGCGGGGCGCUAGGUGUAUGUGUGGGUGGGUGUGGAGGUAGGCAUGGCCCCAGCCCACCUCCCCCGUGGACAGGCCUUGCUUGCUGCCCCCCGACCCAGACCUCACUCUCCCCUUCCUUACACAAGGCAUCAUCAGUGCGCCCAUUCCCCGCCCAGCUGGCCACCAAGGCAGCGGGGCCACUGCAGGCUCCUCCCUCCACUGUGACGUAUGUACUAUCCCUUGUUGCCCCUGAAGGGUUGUGAAGCAACGGGGUGAGCUGGUGGUGCACCUGGUGAAGGCGCACGUCAAUUGCCCUUAGGCUUUGGCCUGCAAGCGACCCCAAGUCCUGUCCUGUUCCGUGUGUAAUAAACGUCUCCAAGCUG